AGCAAAUUAAAAAUUGGUCUGGUAACCUGUUUAUCUAACGCAACCACAUAGCAGAAAAUAAAGUGCAGUUUCUGAACUCUUCAGUUCAACAUUUUUCUCUGUGAACAAUAGGAAUGGACCUAAUAGAGCACAAAUACGUUGAAGUGAACGGGCUAAAACUUCACGUGGCUGAAAUUGGAAGUGGGCAAUCGCCGGCUGUGGUUUUCUUACAUGGAUUUCCAGAAAUAUGGUACUCGUGGCGCCACCAGAUGAUUCCAGUGGCAAAUGCUGGUUUCAGAGCCAUUGCACUGGAUUACAGAGGAUAUGGGCUAUCUGAUCCGCCGCCCCAACCUGAGAAGACCACCUUUUUAGACCUCGUUCGUGACCUUCUUGCGCUUUUUGAUGCUCUUAGCAUCUCCAAGGCUUUUCUGGUUGCUAAAGAUUUUGGAGCUAUGGUAGCUUCUAUGUUUGUUGUUCUCUACCAGGACAGGGUCUCGGGGUUCAUGACGUUAGGACUUCCAUUCUACCUUCCUCAUUUUCUCACUUGGCCCCUCCCUGAAGGAUUCUAUGUGUCGAGAUGGAAGGAGCCCGGGCGUGCUGAAUCUGAUUUUGGUCGUUUCGAUGCCAAAACUGUAGUGAGGAAUGUUUAUAUCCUGUUCUCCAAAAGUGAAAUACCAAUGGCUCGUGAAGACCAGGAGAUCAUGGACCUUGUGGACUCAUCCACUCCUUUACCCUCUUGGGUCACUGAGGAAGAUAUCGCGACCUAUGGAAUGUUGUAUGAGAAAUCGGGAUUCCAAACUGCAUUGCAGGUUCCUUAUAGGUCAUUUCAUGAAGAUAUUAAUAAGCCAGAUCCAAAAGUUGAAGUUCCGGCUCUGCUGAUCAUAGGAGAGAAAGAUUACGCCUUGAAUUUUACAGAAAUGGUGGAUUACGUAAAGAGCGGAAAAGUGAAAACAUUUGUGCCAAACUUGGAGAUAAAUUUCAUUCCAGAAGGAACUCAUUUUGUUCAAGAGCAACUGCCUGCCCAGGUGAAUGAACUUAUUCUCAACUUCCUCAGAAGCCACAGUUAAGUCAUAUAUCCCCAAAAUGCUCUUAAAAUCACUCUGUAUUGAAGUAACUUAUACAAUGUUUGAAUCUCCAUCUGGCUUGUAAACUAUGAAUGGUUAUGACUUUUACUUAUUUUUUAUAUAUCACUUAAAACGUCUGGACUAGACUAGACUUGUGUUAUAACAUCACUUGUGUUAAAUAAUAUUAUUCUAUUCUUCAUGCUUGUA